UAUAACCUUGAAAAACUCACCAUAACCCCACAUAAGCAUUGUUCUAUGCACAUGAUCCAUAAACUGUCUUCAAAAACAACUUUGACUAGUUUCUCGAGAACACCAAGUUUAUCUGCUCCAAGCCAUGUCUUUAUUAAAUAAGCUGUGCCCAACCUAUAGCAAACUCCCCGUAGUGCUGCAAAAGUUUAUUCAAGUGCGGAACUCCGGUUACAACACGUCGCUGUUCUUAGAAGAUGUAGGCCCAGUGAGUCGCCAAUAUGAGAUCACAAAAGACCCGACAGAUUGGGAGCAUGUCAAGAACUUGUUACCCGCGACUGUGGUGCCUAAACCUUUAGAAAAGACCACUUAUCCUUCAGGAUGGAAACCGCAAGCCAAAGAUUUGUCAGAUCGGCCCUAUUUUGUACCAAGGACCAAAAACUACAUGAUACCUUGCUAUUUGAAAAUCAGUAGCUUGCAGUUGAAAAGGACCACGAUUAUCAGGCACAUUGAGGGCGAUAUUUGGCUUUUGGAGAAGGAGAUUAAGGAGUUUCUUGCGCCCCAAUUCUUCCAGCCCAUCAGAUCGCAAGUGAACGAGUUUGCGGGCUAUAUAAGAAUCAACGGCGACUAUGUAAAUGCAGUGAAGCAUUUCCUUGAACAGAAGGGUUACUAAACUCGCUUUUUAUGUAAGUGGUUUUCAGUAUAUUAAGUUGGAAAAGAUA